ACAUUUCAACGAUUCUCUUGUUUGAACCUUUUGGAAAAGAAGGCGUUUGGACUGAGUAGCGAUAAUGAUGAAUGGCGUUGAGGUCGUCAUGGACAAUAGCAGCACCAGCAUCGUUAAACUACCCGAUCCUGCGGUGGUGGCGGCGACGACUUCAAGUCCUCUCUCCGCCAUUGCCGAGGCCUUUGAACACCUCGCCAAACUCCUCAACCGCGGUGACCUUCCCUUGGACGCCUUCUACGAAGCCUGCUCUUUCGUCUCUGUUCUCUUCAAUUGUCUCGGCUUUGCUUUCAAAUUCGCCGAAUUGGAAUACGUCGCCAAGCUAGAAGGACUUAUGGAAGCAUCACCGGCGUGUGGCACUCUGAAGGAUGUAAUUGAAGUUGAUGUCGCUAGCAAAACGGUUAAAUCCCCGGGAAGUUAUUCGCGUAAUCUGCGCAGAGUUCGCCAGGGUGUUGAUCUCGUCAGAGCUAUAUUCGAACAACUUCUGGCAACUGACGAUAGCUGUCUAAAAGAAAUAGCUUCAAGUGCGUACGCUCGGAUUUGUGCACCCUAUCACACAUGGGCAGUAAGAACAGCUGUGCAUGCUGGGAUGUAUACACUUCCAACAAGAGACCAGCUUUUCUUGAGGCUCAAUGAAACAGAGAAGUCUGCUGAAGCGAAGAUGAAAAGGUACAUCAAUGCUGCAACUCCAGUUAUAGAAUACAUUGAUAAACUGUACCUUUCAAGAAAGAUUCCGUUGAACUGGUGAGUUCAUGUGGCUUCAACACAUAGUAGUAUUGUUGUUACACAAUUUUUUCUGAUGUAAUGUAUAAACAUACAUGUAACUAUUUAGUUUCUAAGCGCUUGAUAUGUAGCU